CCCAUUCUACAUGAUGAGUGGAACUACGUGCAUCUUGCAAUUGUUGAGUUUUCUUAUUUUCAUUGUUAAAUUUCUGUAAUGUGGCUGUUCAGAUUUCAAGAUGAGGAAAGGAUUGCACCCCCAGAUGCAAUGGAUAUCAUAUGUGACACAGAGUGGAAGACUGAUUCAGGUUAUGAUGACUAGAAUACAUGACACGGGUAAAGUCUAUCAUUUUAGAGCGAGGCGUCAGAUUGCCCAGAGCCUUGGCCAGGUUGCCAAGUUCAACCGCCGUUAUGGGCUAAAGACAGAGGAUGAACCCGAAAAGAAAUGAUUUUCAUUCAUAGUGAGUGAAACUUUCAAUUUUACUUUGGCGUGUGAUUUAGAUAUUUGAAUCUUUUGGCUCUGAAUAAUUCUGCAGUUUUUUUUUUUUUUCGUUCUUGUUGUUUUGUUUGGGGCAUUUUUGUUUUCUUGAAUUGGUUUAUUAGAUGAUUGAUGAAGAAAUGAUUCAUCAAGUUUAAAUUC